UUGAGGAAGUCUAACGCUGAACACACACGCUCUACUUGUUAUAGCCCUUGUCAGAGUAGAGUAAAGAGUCUUCAUGAUAAUUUACCGAUAAAUUCGAGCAGAAGCAAUGGAUUGGAAAGAUGGGGAGGGUUGCCACUCCCAUGGUCACCAGAGUGACAGUUGCCAUGGACAUGGUGGUAAUUACUCGCACAGCCACGAUCAUGGAGGACCUGGAUUUGGUGGUUUUAUGGCCGGAUUUCCACUUGUACAAGGGCCUCUUGAUUCAACACAACAGCCUAGGAAGUUCUCACACCCUGAGGACAGCAGUUCAUGGGAUAUUGUCAAGGCAACACAGUUUGGCGCUCUUGAGAGGUGUAAAGAACUCAUAGAAGCUGGCUAUGAUGUCCGACUACCUGACAAAGAGAAUGUUACGCUGCUUCAUUGGGCCGCCAUCAAUAGUCAAGCAGAUAUUGUCAAAUACUAUAUAUCUAAAGGUGCCGUUAUAGACCAACUAGGUGGUGACCUCAAUUCUACUCCACUCCAUUGGGCCAUACGACAGGGUCAUUUGUCUAUGGUCAUUCAGCUCAUGCGGUAUGGAGCUGAUCCAUCAUUAGCAGAUGGAGAGGGGUAUCGUGGUCUCCAUCUGGCCGUUCUCUUCCAGCAUAUGCCCAUUGCUGCCUACUUAAUGGCCAAAGGACAGGAAGUGGAUUCCCUGGACAUAAACGGCCAGACCCCAUUGAUGUUAGCGGCACAGAAAAUCAUUGGACCUGAGCCCACAAACUUCCUGUUGAAGUGCAAUGCUUCAAUAAAUGCUGUAGAUAAAGUGAACAGAAACUCACCUCUGCACUGCGCUGUGCUGGCUGGGAAUGUGGAUGCUGCCCACAUCCUAUUGGAGGCUGGAGCCAGUGUUGACCUGGAGAAUGCCAAUGGUCAUACUGCCAUUGACCUGGCACACCAGGUGAACAGUCCUCUCCUCAUUCACAUGCUCAAUGUGAUAAAGACUGAACGAAUCAAGGCCAACUCCAUGUGUCUGAAAGUUCUCAAUAAAUACAAGGGGUAUCUGCAGUGUGUAUUUAGUGUUGUUGUGUUGGGUGCCAUUGGUGCCAUAUUAGACAUGAGGACGGAGUCUUGGUUGUUGAAGGGGGUACUGCUUGCCUGCAUUAUGGCUGUUGUCAACCUUACUUCAAGACAGCUAGCAGGUAUGGCAGUAAGAUCUUUGAUUCCUUCAACAAUCCUCAUGGCUUCUGUAUUUUGGAUGGUGGUUACCUGGUGUUUGUGGUUUUUACCUGAUGAACCCAGUCCAACAGUUCAGAUGCUUUUCACUAUCAACAUCACAGCCCUGCUGUAUUACUACUGUCGCUCCUGCAGGACAGACCCUGGGAUCAUCAAGGCAACCGAGGAAGAGAAAAAAAAGAAUAUUGUGGUUCUGGCAGAGGCAGGCUGUCUGGAUCCAAGGAUAUUUUGUACUUCAUGUAUGACAAGGAAGCCAAUGAGAGCCAAUCAUUGCUUUUAUUGUAACGCCUGUGUUGCAAAACAGGACCACCACUCUGUUUGGAUCAAUGGCUGCAUAGGGGCCAGAAAUCACUCGUUCUUCGUGCUUUUUCUAGUGGCUCUAAACUUCUUCUGCAUGUGGAUGUUUUACAGCAGUAUGAUAUACUGGUCCAAACAUUGUCCACUGCACUAUGUGGAGGAGGGCGCAUGGGGGAUAGUAACUGCUCUGAUGGGCUGCUCUCCCUGGGUGCUCUAUGUCUUUUUAUUUGCUUUCUUCAAUACCGCCUGGGCCUUCAUCCUACUUGUGUUGCAGCUUUACCAGAACAAAGAAAUGUAUAAGCCUUCAGUACUGCCCCACAAACGUGAUGUCUGGCACAGGGUCGUGUCAAUUCUGUGCAGUGUCCCCUUCACCAUACCGAGGCAUUAGGACCCAUACAGACCACAGGGUGAGCACCCCCUGCUGGUCUCACUAACACCUCUGCCAGCAGCAACCUUGCGGAGGUUUCCCAUCCAGGUACUGACCAGGCUCAGCCCUGCUUAGCUUCAGUGGGCAAUCAGUCUUGGGCUACAGGGUGAUAUCGCUGCUGGUCAUUGCUAAAAUAGAUGUAAACCGGGGCAAGACCUCUAAGACAUAUAUCCAACACAAGCGUGAUACACGCAGCUCCUGGUGACAUAUUGAUGUCUUUUGAAGCGAAUCGAUCAUUAUUUUUAAUAAACUAAACAUAUAUUUUUUAAUUAUAAGCAGUAUUCUACAACUUCUGCCAAAUGUCCCGAUUGCACGUCCUGUUGCAUAAAUGAUGUAUGCACAAUCUCAAAAGUGAAUGGACACUACGGUUUGUUUCUUUUUUUGUUAGGAUCAUAAGAUGCGUCAGGAAGUGCGAUUAAGAUGUUUGGCAAAAGCUGUAGAUUGCUGCUCGUAAUUUUAUAAGUGGCAUUCAGUUUAUUGCAAAUAAGGAUUGAUUCGCUUCACAAGACAUCAGUGUCACCAGGAGCUGCAGGGUUCACGCUUGUUUUGGACAUAUGUAAUUUUAGAACUCUCGGAGGUUUUCCUCUCCCCUAUUUACAUCCAUUAUAUGAGGCAUAGAGGGAUGCAUAUUUAUCUAACCAUCUUCUUUAUUGUUCUUCUCGAGUAAAAAUGUCACCUACAUUUCAGAUGGCCUUGGGGGUAAGUAAAUAAACAACUAAUUUUAAUUCUAGGGUGAACUAUCGCUUUAAUGUUUAGCUGUUUUUUUAUUUAAUCUAAACAUUUAAGAAGUGGGCUGAAUUUGAAAUUGUAAAACACUUUAUUUUGUAAUAACCCCUAAAAAACUUUCUUUGUGUAAAAAUUACAUUACUUUGUUGCUAUCGUUCACACCUAAAUGCUGUAUAAACUUCUUUGGCAAGCAUUUCAUUAAACAACUGGGUUUCCAUAGUUAUAAUAACAUCAGUAUUAGUGACAGUAAUUUGUUACCAAAAAUAAAUAAUUGUGCACAAAAAUAACAGAUUAUUAGUAAAAGUUUUUUUUUUAGGUUUUAAUGAAAAGGUGCACAGUUUCCUUUUAAAUGUUAUUGGUAGGGAAGAUAUAAAGUAGGGGUACUGUAUGAGUGUCAGUACUGAAUGAAUCCUAGCAUUAUACAGCAUUUAUAUAGCAAAUAAAUUAUGAUUUAUUGCAGAACUCAAAUUAAAAUACUAAAUACUUCAAUUAUUAUCAUUGCAGAAUAAUCCCCGGUAAUCCCUGUUGUGUUCUUUUACACUCGCACGCGUGCACACACACACACAGCCUGUUUAUAAUUUGUUUUACUUUCU